AUGUCAGGAGCAGGAAACAGGGAACAGGUUUUUCCGACCCGGAUGACAUUGAGUCUCAUGAAGGGUAAAUUGAAAGGCGCCCAGCAGGGCCAUUCAUUGUUGAAAAGAAAGUCCGAGGCCUUGACCAAGAGAUUCAGAGAAAUCACCCAGAGAAUCGACGAUGCCAAGCGGAAAAUGGGCCGUGUGAUGCAGGUGGCAGCGUUUUCUUUGGCCGAGGUCCAGUAUGCGACCGGCGACAACAUUGCUUAUCAGGUUCAAGAAAGUGUCCAAAAGGCCCGUUUCCAAGUCAAGGCCAAGCAGGAGAACGUUUCGGGUGUGUACUUGCCCACUUUCGAGAGCCACCUCAACGAGGAAAUCAACGAUUUCAAAAUGACCGGUUUGGGUCGGGGUGGUCAGCAGGUGCAGAAGGCCAAAAUGGUGUACACCAGAGCUGUCGAGACUUUGGUGGAGUUGGCGUCUUUGCAAACGGCGUUCAUCAUUUUGGACGAGGUCAUCAAGGUCACCAACAGAAGAGUGAAUGCCAUUGAGCACGUUAUCAUUCCUAGAACCGAGAACACCAUCAGCUACAUCAACUCGGAAUUGGACGAGUUGGACAGAGAAGAGUUCUACCGGUUGAAGAAAGUUCAGGAGAAGAAACAGAUCAAUAUUGCCGCAGAGGAGGCGGAAGAGGCGGCGAAGAAGGCGGCGCUUGAAGCUGAUGAUGAAGACGACGAAGAAACUGAAGAGACCGAAGAAACUGAAGAUGCUGAAGAUGCCAACGCCGACACCCCAGCGAACAAAGACGAGACUGCGCCCGCAUCGGCUGGAAAGAAGAAGAAGAAGAACAAGAAGAAGAAGAAGAAGACUGCCACCAACAUGCAACCCACAGAAAGUGAGGUUAUUAAAGAAGUCGACCAGUUGGCGUCCCAAGAGACAGAUGUGUUGCAAGACAACGAAGAAGAUGUCAUCUUCUGA